AUGCUCCAACUCUUCAAACGCCUACUCGGCCGGAACAAGAACACACUGCCGCCCUUCGACUUGGCACGCAACCGAUUUCAAGUCAAGAAGAAAUGGCCGCCGAACCUCCGCGAGCUGACAGAGAAGCAACAAUUUCGGUUCGAGCGCAAGUUCAAGCGGCGCAACAAGCUGAAGUCGGUACGGCCGCAGUGGAACCGGUGGACCAAGAUUGUGCAGUGGAGUGCCAUCAGCUUCGUCGCCGUCUACGGCGUUCUCUUCCACGAUUUCAGGCAGGAUCCCAUGAACCCGCGUCCGGGCGAGCAGCCGUUUGAGGGCUUGAGGCAGAAGAUGUGGGGCAUAUUAGGAAACUUUUAUACACAUACCGAGACUACGAUGAAGGGCGAGCGGGGUGCCAGAAGGCUGGAACUGCAACGUGGUCGCCAGAUGGCGGCGGGGAUCGACGACGACGACAACGACGACGAUCAGAGUCCUCAGAAUCUGAGUCCUCGGCCGAGGUCGUGA